AUACCCGUUCAUGGUCGAAGCGCUGGAUCUUUUGACGGAAAAUGAAAUCUUCGAGCAGGGUGGGACCACGCUCUCCGGCACUGAGACUAUUCUGAUCUUCGAUAGGACCGCCUACGUCGGACGUCAUGAAGGUAUCAUUAUCACUGAGAUAAUACUGGGACAAGAAUUCCUCUGUGGCUGCGGCAGCGUCGCCAUCGGAUAGCUCAUCGCGACGGUUGAGCUCGCCGGUCAUGUAGGGACAGACCGCAUUGGCGACGCCAAUGAGGCCGGGGAUAUACGUGAGACGCAUUCUUGAUGAGUCUCCGUUAUGGGAUGACAGACUGGGAAGAAAGCGCGUUCAAUUGGGCGUUAAGCUUGGUCAUCAGAGGGAUCGGAAGGAUGGAAGAGGGGGCAAGAGUCCUUUUUAUAUGCGCAUCGAACCCACUGCUUCUCAGUAUCAGCAGGGGGGCGCCGAUCACCACAUGGGAUGCAACAAUACCAAGAACCACUAAGCAGGGAAGCAGACGAAUCAAUAUUGCGGAUAUGGUAUUAUGCAAGUCAAACGGUCUACUCCGUGGAAAGUGCAGCAAGUUCCUGAGUCCUGACACUGGGUUUGUCACAAAGAAGAAGCAGUCGGCGAGAACGAGUCAGAUUUCCCCAUUUAGUCAGUCGCAAACAAACAGUGCAUUCUCCAAUGGAAGGUGCGGGCAGCAGCAGAUCCAUUCUUGGCGGGAAUGGGUCAUUUCGCUUGUGAAGAAGAUGAUUCUCAGCUCAACCGACAGACCCAGAGUAAGUGAUGUGUAUUCUGCUGACGUUCAGUCUCACUAAGGAAGUGGUCGAGGCCGCGAUGCUUGGUAAUAUUUUGUAAUAGCAUCGGUCUGGGCACUCCGGGGAGAAGUGACCAGCGUCAACAUCCCCACUUCGACCAUC